GCUUCCCCUUCCGGCUGCGCCGGGGCUGCUGUCAACAUGGCAGCGGCGGGCGGGCGGCGGCCGUGGCUUCUCUGGGCGGCAGUGGUUGCACAUGUGGCGGCACCAGGUGCGGGUUUUGUGGAGGAUCUAGACGAGUCGUUUAAAGAAAACCGUAAAGAUGAUAUUUGGCUCGUAGAUUUUUAUGCACCUUGGUGUGGCCACUGCAAGAAAUUGGAGCCUGUGUGGAAUGAAGUGGGUAUAGAAAUGAAAAGCAUGGGCUCUCCAGUAAAAGUUGGGAAAAUGGAUGCAACUUCCUUUUCUAGUAUCGCAUCUGAAUUUGGAGUGCGAGGCUAUCCAACAAUUAAGCUCUUAAAAGGUGACUUAGCAUACAACUAUAGAGGACCUAGAACCAAAGAUGAUAUAAUUGAAUUUGCUAAUAGAGUGGCAGGACCUCUUAUCAGACCACUUCCUAGUCAGCAUAUGUUUGAGCAUGUGCAAAAGAGACAUCGUGUACUAUUUGUGUAUGUUGGUGGUGAAUCUCCUUUAAAGGAAAAAUACAUUGAAGUUGCUUCAGAACUAAUAGUUUAUACGUACUUUUUUUCUGCCUCAGAAGAUGUGCUGCCAGAGUACGUGACAUUGCCUGAAUUGCCUGCUGUUGUGGUCUUCAAAGAUGGAACUUACUUUGUUUAUGAUGAGUAUGAAGAUGGUGAUUUGUCAUCCUGGAUAAAUAGAGAAAGAUUUCAAGGUUAUCUUAAUGUAGAUGGCUUUACGCUAUAUGAACUAGGAGAUACAGGAAAACUUGUGGCUAUUGCAGUCAUUGAUGAUAAAAACUCUUCAGUGGAACAUACCAGACUAAAAUCUAUUAUUCAGGAAGUUGCUAGAGAUUAUCGGGAUCACUUUCACAGGGAUUUCCAGUUUGGCCAUAUGGAUGGAAAUGAUUACAUUAAUAGUUUACUAAUGGAUGACUUGACAAUCCCUACUAUUGUUGUAUUGAAUACCUCCAAUCAGCAGUAUUUUCUACCAGAUAGGCACAUUGAGAACACAGAAGACAUGGUUCAGUUUAUUAACAAUAUCUUGGAUGGUACAGCUGAAGCACAGGGUGGUGAUGGGCUUCUGCAGCGAAUCAAGAGAAUAAUCUAUGAUGCCAAGUCCACUGUAGUGUCUGUGUUCAAGAGUUCACCACUUCUGGGAUGCUUUCUCUUUGGGUUGCCCCUGGGGGUCAUCAGCAUUAUGUGUUACGGAAUCUGCACAGCUGAUACAGAUGGAGGGGUAGAUGAGCAUGAGGCAGCUAAAAAGGAAAACGGUGAUCAGGAGCUCACGGACGAAGGCAGUGAGGAAGAGCAAGAGGAGGAAAAGAACGGAAAAUACGCAGAACUUUCAGAUGGAGAGCUUAAACAGAAAGACAUAAUAGAAAAGAAAAAAGACUAACUUGUUUAGCAAAAGAAUUCUCUAGAAUUUCCAAAUAGACUUAUUUAUUGAAGUUAGUCAUUUAUUAAUGAUCUUCGUGAAAGAGGACCUUUUUGUCUGCAUUAUGGUAGUUUUGACUUGCAUGUAUUCAAAUUUUCUCAGAAAUUGACAGGGAAAAAAAAGGAUAGUCUCUUUAAUAGAUUAACAAAGAAAUUUAAAUGGAAGAAAUUUGCAGGUACAAUUCUACACUUUUUUUUUUUAAGAGUUUUGAAUUGUUCAUUUCCAGAGCAGUGAGAUGUUACUUGACCUGGGUGUAUGUGGUAAACUACUACUAAUGUAGCCCAGGUAAACACUCAUUCAUAUAAAAUUAAGGCUGAAAACUAAGAAAGAUUGAGAUCUGUAAAGUCUUUCAGAGCCUGAUAGCUAAAGACAUUUUAGCAUUUUCCAAGAAGUCACGUCUUCUACCUGUUGCACAUUAUUUUUUGGGG